AUGAAAAGAGGUGGUGGACCGAAUGAGUUAGAUCCCCCACCAAAAGUCUCUAAGACUAGAGAGUCUGUGGAUGGAGAUGAAUGUGUUGGCGAUUGGCAAGCAUCACUUGGAUGUUCAUUAGCGGAAAGACUGGAAAAAAUCACUACUGUCCAACAUUUGACAACACGCCAAGUUAAAAGGUUGUUAAAGGAUGUCCUGACUAAUGAGGAUGUUGUGAGUGCUCUACGUCGGUAUAUUGACGGUGAAUUCAGAGAGCCUGAAACCGGUGAGGUUUCGGCAGCUACUCGAAGGCGUGCUAAAUCUUUGGGGUUAUUCUCUAUCCUCAGUGAUCUUGGAGAAAAUUCAGAUUAUCACCUGGAAUCUAGAGCUAUCACUCGAUCACUUACUCGUCGUAUUGAAGAGUCAUUGCAAAAUCAGUUUCCACAUUCUAUUACACCCGAAAAAAAAGCACCAUGCACCAUUCUUGAUAUGGAAUUCCCUGACGAAGAUGAUAACAACGGAAAAAAUCUAGGAAACGAUUUGGAUAUUUCAUUGACCGAUAGUGAUUACCAACCGAACGAUGGAGAUUACAAAAUUUUAAGACGUGACGAAGUGCUAGAUUUUACGGAAGCCUCUAAACAUAAUUCCUGUGUUACAGAUGUAGAAAAUGAAAGUUGUUUCAAUGGUAGUAGAAGUAGCACUGAAAGUGAUUCACAAAUAGAUCUUGACUCUUGUGAUGACUGCAUCCAACCUAACAAUGUCGAUAAUUCUGUUUUCUGUAGAAACGAUAAUAAUUUAGAUAUACGAACUUCCCGUCUCACUCGUUCAAAAGCUAAAUCACUCAAGAAUUUAUCCGAAUUAAGAAACGGUGUUUCUUUUGAAAAACAUGAAAAUUCUAACUCCAGCGUAUCAUUUCGACCGGACGAUGCUGUUGAAUUUUCGCCUCCUGGUAGUUCUCAUCGUUAUCCGGAUGCAGAAGAGGGUGAAGAAGAAGGAGAGUUGAAUGCAGCAGAGGACAUAACAAAUAAAAAUUACAGUUCAACAACAAAUAAAGAUGUAGAUAUUGAAGAUUCAGAUAAUGAUGUUUAUACUCAAUUUCUUCGUUCGCUGUUCACUUCCGCUUCCAAUUCAGCAAACUGUACGCCUAACAAAUCAAAUUCACGAAUAAAUGCUCCAAUUAGAGCGUCUACAGUCUGUGAAAAACUCUUAGGCGAUGAACCAAACAAAAACGACAGAUUCCCAUCGUCAAACGAACAUCAUUCUAAAGGGACAUCGCGGCCAAUAUCAAGGCUUAUGGAUGAUAUCAAUGACGAUGAAGACGAUGAUGAUCCAGAAUUUGACGUCAUGGCAGAGUUAGACGACGUCGAUAGGGAGGAUUUUUUCUAUGAAUUACGAGACGAUCGCGCUGUUCGAGUAUCUAAAAUGGAAGCCAAGAAUUUACAUGAAGAUUUACGUGAACUGUUUAGUUCAGAAGAAGGACAUGAAAAUCGUACACAUCAAUCCAAAACACCUUUAUUCCUGGCAAUGAAAGCUUAUGGUCAACGUUUGUUUCAUAUGGAUCGCAAUACAUUUCGGAAUAGUAGUCAAAUAGAUGAGUCUAACAAUCCACAACAUAUUCAAUCUUCUGGACCGAAUGAGAUUUUUCAAAAGACUACAGAUACUCCGGUUAAUCCAACUGUAACACGAUGUCGUAUCACCCUUACUGAGACAGAACUGGUUCGAUUGGAACGUCAAUUAGUAAUGCAUAUUCAAUUGUUAACUACGAAUUUCUUAUUAACUUACGAUUUUCCUGAUAUGCAUGAAUAUGUUACCCGACCAUGUGCUACUCUUCUCAAAACUUUAAUUGCUAAACGUCAAGCUUUUGAUUUAGUUGCACUUCAACAAAAUAUUCCCGAUAAAUAUCAUCCUGUUACAAGCUUCUAUUGGUGUUGCCCUACUUUGGAAAUGGCUGUCGAUUUGAUUUCCGAUUAUGCUGGAUUAUCUAUGCUUCCACGUUUACCAUGGAAUCCGUAUAAACGAGGAGUAGGAAAUAGUCUUACUAAGUCACAAUCAUUCGCCUUGCCUAUCCCAUAUUGUUUACUACGUAUAAUGACUAACAGUCCUAUUUGGUCUUAUGCGUGUUUAAUGCCUACUGUCUUGGGGCCACAUCCGAAAAGUCAUGUCCGAUUAAUUUUUCAUCCAUCUGAAGAUGCUUUAAUGGUAAUGGGGUUGGCAGACUUUUCCGGUGCAUUAAGUCGAACUCGUAAAUCUCUCGAACCUAAAACUUUUAAUUAUCACCACCAAUCUAGAAGUCGUGGAUCUCAGUGUAAACAACCUUGUCGCUACAUUGCAUAUCGUUUAAUCGGUAGGCAUAUACUUCCGUAUCGUACACUAUUGCAGUUACGCUCUCGUCGUUGGAAUCUGUUGGCUAAUCGCGACAGUAUCGAUAAUGCAGGGGACUCCAAACACAUACCAGUUGCUACUCGUCGUCUACUUCAACUCUACACUGAGUUAAGUCAACCAGGGGAAGUGGACCUAAAAAGAAUUCAACAGUAUGCUAAUGAAAUGACUACACUUGCUGCUCCUUAUGGUCUUCCACUAAUUGUUGAGUGCUUAACUGAUAAGAAUUCUAAAGAUUUAUUUACUUUUGAAGGGCUUCCCACCGAUGUAGGUUAUGAGCAUGUUUUGAAUUCUAACUAUCGUAGUGAAAAUGCAAAACGUAGAUUGGAUGUAUUAACUGAGUUCAUAGAAAACGCCGAGUGUUUUUGGAGGUCACAGAUUGAAAAAACGCACUCUAUAGAAAUGAAAACAACAACAAACUCAACAGAUGUAGAAGGUGAAUCCAUAGUCAAAUUAGAACCACCAGUUGAAUGUGAUGUGCUUGGUCCUAAUUAUUUACCUGCUAUCCCAGUGGAUCUCAAUCCUGACGGUACCGUAGUUCUCAGCAAAACCAGUGAACCUGCCUUAGUUGAAGUUUUUAAAGUGUCUGAUGAUUCCGAGUCAAUCCAUGAUUCAAAUAAUCACUCUGAAAAUCCAGUUAAUAAUUUAUCAAAUCAAGAAACACAAAAAUAUCGAACCGUUCAACCUAAAAAAUCACAUCAUAUCGAAUUUAUUUUAACCCGGAUAAACAAACAAAAGUCAUAUAAACUUUCAGAUGAAGAUAAGGUAGAACCAUCAGCCAGUGCUGAAAAUCAUGAUAUAUCAGAUGGUAUUGUUGCAUCGUCCUCUGUUGAAUGUAUUGUAAAUGAUCAGCAGCUUGAGGAAAUGCCAAAUAUUUUGGAGUCUUACUGGAGUCAUACAGGUAAUGAUGCAUUAGAUGUUUGUCAAAAGGUAGCAGAUGCUUUAGUGAACUUAUUUCACUUUGGUUUUGAUAAAUUUUGUGCUGCCCGUGGAGACGCUACUCUUGGACCUAGAAAGUUUUGCCAUAUGUUGAAGUCAUCAGUGUUAAAUCCUCAUAUUCCUAGUGCAGAUACAAAUUCUGUAUGUUCAAACAAUUUUCAAUCUGUUUUGGAUUCGUCAAUUUUUAUUGCUGAUGAGUGUCAGAGCCAAGCUGCAGGGAUCUUCCCAAGUGCAUGUCUUAUGACAUCCAGUCGUUUUGUUGCCAGAUGUCGGGCACGUGGUGAUGCUAACUCAGCUGACUUACUGACUCUACCAUCUUCUAUCAUAACUCAUACACAGGCAAUAAUGGAUGAGAUGGAUGUGAGACGAGCACGUUCACUACUGGAUCGAUGUCGAACCUAUUUAGCUCCAGGUGAUUACAAAAAUAUGAUGAUUAACUUAUCCAACUUAAGUCAAGCUAUUCAGAUUCCUACAUUAAUCACUAGUAAUCAUGAACAGUCAGACAAAACUGAAGUAUUACUUUCUCUUGCAUGUGUGUUAAAUUGUUUGAAAAAACAUUUAUCUUUGUGGGAGGAUUUUGUUUGCCUUCUUACUCCAUCACAAGCGCGUAGUCUGGGUCUGCUAUCUACAUAUUUCAAUCUGGCACGGAUCAACCGAGUGCAAAGAGUUUUACAAGAUAUUGUUCCCCGUGAUAGGAGAUUUUGGAGACGUCUUCGUAAUUUGGCAGAUAGCUGUAGCAUUGAGGCACGUCAUAUUCCAGUUAAAAAGAAGUUUUAUACAGGUGUGAGAGAUAAUUCUGCUCACGAUCCUUCAAAUGCAGAUGAACAGGACCUCCAUGAUUGCAGUGAAAGCGCAACUAAUGGGACUCGAAACAUUCAGAAAUCAUCUGUGUUACAACAGGGUCAAUGUUCAGGUACAAUCUUAAGUAAAACCCGAACCAAAUCCCGAGUUAGAGGUUUGCGGCAUCGAAAUAUGCAUGAUGCAUUCUCCAAAGCUUGGUCAGUUCUGGAGAGUACUUGGCGCAACCGUCCUGUUCUCCUUUCACGUAUCGCCAGUCUUAUUAAUACUAGACAUAAGCCAUAUGUCGGUUUUGAACAGAGUUUUGAAGAAUCAGAUGUACUUGCUCGUCAUCCUGUAGGGAACCCAGCUUAUCCCGAGAUUUUAAAUCAAAAUGCAGGCAUUUCAAGCAAUAGAUACAUCCCUCCUCCAAUCAACGCCCUUUCUCCUCAGUUACGAUCCUUUCUUUCGGAAGGAUGGGAAGUAUGCACUGACCUUUCUUCAACAGCUCACAGUCGAAAUAACUCGUUAGGUACACUCUGGGCUCGUAGGCAAUGUCCCUGCCGAUGUCAUCCUAGUGCAUCAUCAAACAGUGUUCCAAUAACAAAUCAAUCUGGAAAACCUGUAAAAAAGGUUGACAGUCUUGGUUUAAGACACUGCAUUUCUUGCAGUUUGAGAGUGCAUCGUGGCAUUGUAUAUAUUGAUGAGUGCAAUCUUCAUCUGCGUCACGUGAAGAUAACUUGGCCACCUGGUUUUAAACCAAAAGCUCAUUUACCUCGAAGUUCCUUAUCAGCUGACUCUGUUGCAAAUCAAAUCCCUCGUUCUGCAACAAUUCACCAUGCAUCAUCAAAUAUUCCUACUCGUACUGCUUUAAGCGAACUUGCGAAAAUGCAUGCCAGAUUACAUUCUACGAACAGAGUAUCAAAUCAUCGCAAUUUCCUACCGGAUAUGGCUGGUCGACGUGUUUCAAUCGAAUUUGUUCCUUCUUUUAAAUCAAGUACAUCAGACAGUCGACAAAUCGAUGAUUUAAGCAAUCAAGAUGAAUGUAAUGCUCUUGAAGGAACUGACGACAUUCAACUCUCCUGUCCUCCAAUAGAUAAGCAUCCAAGACUAGUCGAUGUACAUAAUAGAAGUGGUCUCAUACCACCUGAAUUACAUUCGAAAUUUGAUGUAGAAAAUCCUAUGAGCUGGUCGCUGGAUGAUGAAGCUGCUUGCUUCAAUACAGAAGCUUUUGCAUCUACAUACAAUGAGAAUCAUGAAGGUAGUCUGUGUGAAUUAGUUAAUGAUUGGACACCAGAAGAAGACAGGCAGUUAUUGGAAUUUUGUAAAGCUAAGGGACGUUACAGCUCUCAGAUGUUUACAGACUUAGCUAGAAUAUGGGAACCCAAACCAUAUGUUUACUCUGCACAACGAAAUCCACUGGAAUUAGAAGAACGUUUUAAACAGCUCAUGCGUAUCACAUUGAGAGAAGCUUAUGAUCCAGAGUUAUUUCAAACGCCGUAUAGAGACGAAUCUUCAUGUGAAGAUGACUAA